AUAUCCCUAUCAAUGCAGUCAUUGUAGUAAAAGUUUUAGCCAGUGCUCAAGAUUGCUUUGGUGAAACAUCAGAAUCCAUACUGGAGAGACGCCUUAUGCUUGUAACCAUGUAACAAAUAUUUUAGUCAGAGUUCUGAUGUGAUAAAACAUCAAAGAAUCCACACUGGGGAGAAACCAUAUAAAUGUGAUGUGUGGGGAAAGCCUUCAGUCAGAGCUCAGAUCUUAUUCUGCAUCAGAGAAUCCACAAUGGGGAGAAACCAUAUCCAUGUAACAGUGUGGCAAAAGUUUCAGUCAGAAUUCAGACUUUAUUAAACAGUGAAGGGUCCACACUGGAGAGAAAUCCUAUAAAUGUCAUGAAUAUGGGAAAGCUUUUAAUCAGAGCUCAGUCCUUAUUUUACAUCAGAGAAUUCAUAUUGGAGAGAAACUCUAUCCCUGUGAUCAAUGUAGCAAAACCUUCAGAAGACUUUCAGAUCUUAUUAAUCAUCACGAAUUCACACUGGAGAGAGGCCUUAUCCAUGUAAUCAGUGCAAUAAAAUGUUUUGUCGAAGAUCAGAUCUUGUUAAACAUCACAGAAUUCAUACAGAUGAGAAACCCUAUGAAUGUGAUCAAUGUGGGAAAGCCUUUAGUCGGAGCUCCAACCUCAUUCUUCAUCAGAGAAUCCACACUGGAGAGAAACCUUAUCCCUGUAGGGAUUGGACUAAAAGCUUUAGUCACGGUCCAGAUCUUGUUAAGCAUCAAAGAAUACACACUGGAGAGAAACCAUAUGCAUGUAAUCAGUGUGAUAAAAGAUACAGUCAAAGCUCAGACCUCACUAAACAUCAGAGAGUACACGCUGGUGAAAAGCCUUACAUUGUAAUAGUUGUGAGAAAGCCUUCAGUAAGAGUUUUGACCUUAUUCUUCAUCAGAGGACUCCACACUGGAGAAAAACCUUAUCCAUGCGCACAGUGCAGCAAAAGGUUCAAUCACAACUCAUACCUCAUUAAACAUCAGAAAAUACACACUAGGGAAAAACCAUAUAAAUGUAAUGAGUACAGGAAGGCUUUCAAUCAGUGUUCAGCCCUACACCAGAGAAUCCACACUGGUGAGAAACCAAAUCCAUGUGAUGAAUGUGGCAAAGCUUUAGUCGGCACUCUGAUCUCAUUAAUCAUUGAAAAAUACACACUGGUGAGGUGAAAAGACAUGUAAGUGUGAUGCAUGUGGGAAAGCCUUUAGCACAUGCACAGAUCUAAUUGAACACCAGAAAAUCCAUGGUGGGGAGAAACACUAGUAUGUUCAGUACAGCAGAAGUUUUAGCCAACUCUUCGAACUUACUAAUCAUGAGGAAGACCAUUGUGGGGAAUACAGUCAAAAUGUGAUGAAUGUGAGAAAACUUUAGUGUAUACGUCACCUCGAUUCAGUACCAGAGAUACCAUACCAGAAAAAAAUCUAAAUGAAUGCUGUUGAUUAUUGAUGAGUAUGAAAAAGGUUUUAAUUAGUGUUGAACCCUUAUACAACAUUAAAACCACACUGGAGCCAGACAUGGUGGCUCACACCUGUAAUCCCAGAACUUGGGAGGAAGAGGUGGAAGCAUCACUUGAGCCCAGGAGUUUGAGGCUGCAGUGAGCUAUGAUCACACCAUGCACUCCAGCCUGAGAACAGAGACUCUAUUU